AUGCAGCUGGUGCGAGACCCGACCCGCUUUGACGUGCUGUGCAUGCCCAACCUCUACGGCGACAUCGUGUCGGACCUCUGCGCCGGCCUCAUCGGCGGCCUGGGCCUCACGCCCUCCGCGAACGUCGGCGCCAACGGGCUGGCCCUGAUGGAGGCGGUCCACGGCACCGCCCCCGACAUUGCGGGCAAGGACCUGGCCAACCCCACCGCGCUGCUCUUCAGCGGCUGCAUGAUGCUGCGGCACAUCGGGCACACCAGGUCGGUGCUGGGCGGGGCGGCCGCGUCGCGGCUUCAGGGCCUGGCGGAUCGGAUCCAGAACGCGGCGCUGGCCGUCAUCGCGGAGGGCAAGUACCGCACCCGGGACCUCGGGGGCACCGCGGGCACUAGUGACUACACGUGA